AUGUCAACAGACACCCUCAAUCACGUUGGUCACUUGCACGAAGCUACACUGCUCUCCUCCCCAUACCAAGCGCUCAAUCGCUCCUCUCCUCGAUCUAUUACACCGCAGCAGCAGCAACAGCCAGACUGGCACCUUGCUAUCGACACUAGUAUUGGCGCUACUGCACCUGAGAUCCACUCUACGGAGCUGAGUCGGUCCAGCAGUGGCAUCAAGACCAAGCUUGGCAAGCUCCUCAGGCGUGUCUCCAUCAAGAGUCCCGCUUCACCACAACCACCCCGCGAGCUCGACGCAGCACCUUUGCAACGUCUCACGUCUACAGACUCAGAUACGGUGGACACUCCCAAACCACACCUCGUUGUACGCAACUCGAUCGAUCUAGCGCGUGCAAAACUACGAGCCAUGGCAAAACUCAAAGCGGCUGGGAAACGUGGGUCUGCACAGAGUAGUGCCUCGACCCUCUCAACGGCAGAUUCACAAAUGACAACUAUGAUUUAUGAAGCUGGCGGUACACAAGGUGUGCGUGCGAGUGUGCUUGAAGCGCAGGAAGAGGGGAUGACGCCUGUGCGUGGAAGAAGUCAUUCUGUGCGAUUCAAGGAGAUGGAGAGGAGGAAGCGUGUAUCGUCGAUGGAGGGUGAGCAGGAGAUGGUUGAUUGUGGGCAAGGAGCAUGUGAGCUGCUGCCUGCCUUGAUGACUGCACAGAACACACCUGCUGGACAGGCUGUGACGGUGCAUCGAAGCGAGAUGUAA